AUGGCCUCAGUAUUUCUAAAUUCCUGACUGUGGGCCUGCUUUUAGGAGUCUACAACGAAUGUAAUGCCCACAUAUUUGUUAUUAAUUAUAGAGUACAUAUCUACAUUCGUCAUUUAACUUGAAAGGUAUUAGCAGUGAUUUCACAUACCGAAAUUGCAUAUUGUAUUAAUAAACAAAGGGAAGUCUUGUUACUGUGCCACCCAUGCACGUGCGCAAUCUGAGAGCCAUUCAGCGCGCGCACGGCAGUUAAAUUGCUUCAAUUCGCUAAAGAUGCUCAGAGAAAUACAAGAGGUGUUGCGGUUAAUCAUGCUUUUGGGAGAGCAAAAACAACAACAUAGUUUAAAGACAAGAAGAGGGCUUUUGGUACUUCUGUGGACUGAAACGGGAGCUUCUGUUCAAAGUCUAAACUGCACUGUUGCAGCUGCAGGUCGUUGGAGCACAGGGAUUAAAAUGGAAGCACUCCAACCUGUCCUCACAGAUUUGAAGGAGAGCAUGUUUCCCUGUGCGUGGCCGUCUCCUCAGCCGGACCCUGAGGAGCUGUGUGCCUUCACCGACCUGUAUGGCUCCCUCAGAUUACUCCUGUCUUUUCAGAAAAAAGAUGAAAGAUUCAACAGUACAGAGUUGUGUGCACGCAUUGAAGCGUUCCUACACACAUUCAGUUUGGCUAACGCAAAGAUCAACGUCCACCUCAAGUUCAAAUGGAAUCAGCAGACCUUCCAGCGAGACUUAAGAGUGAAGAUCAAGAGAACAGUUGCAUUAGCAAACCAGCUGUCGAGGUUCUUGGAUGUCACUUGUAGUUCACAGCCUCCAGAGUGUGUGAAAAAAGACUGCUGGUGUCAGGGAGGACACCCUGUCGUUGGAGGCCUGCUGCCUCUCAGUAUCCCACCUAAAGUCAUGGACCAGGGCCUGUUUGGGGAGCUCAGCAUCCAGCCAGUCACACUACUAAGGCCCUGUUUGCUGCAGUACCCCAAUCUGGCAACACAACUCACUCACAUAAAAGUAUUGGUAUUUGGCCCCAGUAAUGUUCCUGUAGCAGGCCCCUCCACCUUCUUCCAGAACCUCCCUGCUCAUCUGGACUGUCAGGAACUGGGUCUGCAUGGUCUUCACUGCUCCUCCUUCAAAGAUCAUGUGCACAACAGUGGCAUGGUGUACACAGUAGAGCAAGAACCUAGUAAGGAUCCAGAGCAAGAAUCAAGUCUUCUACCAAUGCAGCAGAGUCUCCGGCUUUACCUCUUUCUGCAGCACAGUGACCCUUUCAACUGCCACCUCUCCGAUCUGAUGGCCACAGAGGUGCUGAUAGAGCACUACCUGGAGGAUAUUCUGAACAACAACAGGCAAUCAGUCACAAAAGCCCUGCAAACUGAGCUGAAGAACACACUGAAAGCCUCAAAUCACAGAAAAAGGAGCCAAGAGGAGCUGCGUUCAGCUGCUGACGUGAUUCUCAGUUCGUCCAUCAGUGUUGUGAGCUGCAGCAGUGACGUGGACUUCAGAACUGCCUGUCUGAACAGCAUGAAGGUGCGUGACACUCAUGAACUUUCAGCCUCCCUCCAUGAAUCACUGAGGAGGGUGACAUCAUGGAAAUUCACUCCCAGGGACAGGUGCUACUCAGCUCAGAUGGAAGAACAUCCUGAGAGUGAUGAUGCCACCCAAAGAGAAAUCUGAGCAUGUCUUUGUUUGUCUUGAAAGAGUUUUGUUCUGGUUCAAGGCUGUGGGAGCGUUUUGUUUUGUAAUGUAAAAUGGGUGGUAGUGCUUGUUGUACUUUUAAUGUGAUGGGAAUAAAAUAGAGAUUUACAUUAAACUGAAUUUUUGAUCUGAGAUCAUCCUUUGA